AUGGCCAAGACAAGAGUCGAAGGGAAACGCGUGACCAGCCGAAAGGCUCAAAACGCUGCGAAGAAUUCCAACCCGAGCCGUACGACGCAAGCUGUGACCAAGCCAACACGAUCGAGAGGCAGAUCGGCUCGCCUGGAAGCCGGUAAAGUGGUUGUGGGCAAACUAAAGGAUGCUAGAGGCAGAGGACGCAAAUCACCAAUUGUAGAAGAGUUGGAGGUGCUGGCGAAGCAGCAAACGCAAGUCACUCCCGACAAACAGGAGAGUAGCCUCAUGGCAUCGAACGAGGCGAACACAGCAACCGGGAAUGAGGCUGGCGCUCAUGGAUUCCUCGCCAUCAACAGCUUGAGCUCUUUCCAAGAUGCAGCAGGAAGCGCGAAGAGUGUGAGAAAGUCGGAACGCAUUGAUGCCGCGCAUGAUUCAUGGCCAACUGGCUCCAAUCCCGCAACAGUCUUCACCGUCCCACGCCCAAGAGCAAAGUCCGCAGCUAAGGGAAAGAGUGAGAACCUUGGGAUUGUGCUGGCCGACAUUGGAAACUACACUACUACAGCAUCUAGGGUGCUUGGCCUCGGUGAACUCGAAGAUAUCGAUUUCUGGAAUGGAGCGGCUACGGCACGUAGUAGCCAAAUACGGACUCGCGUUGUGGCUCGAAAAGGAGAAGACGAAGAAUGGGACUUGGAGUUCGGGCCGGAUACAGACGUGGUGUGCGAAAAGGAUGGCGAAGUGCUCGUUUUCGAUAACAAGAAACUCGCCAUGAAUCCGGCAAGCGAACACUUCCAAGUACAGCGGAAAAAGGAGAAGAAGAUUGGAAUGAAGGCAAUCUAUCGGAGAUUCAUCGAAUGGCUUCUUCACACAAUCUUUGACUCAUCGAAAACAGCCAACCCAGAUAUACAGUACUUCCGCGUUUACACUGGACUUCCAGCAGAAUGGCCGGAAAACAUCUCUUACCAGUACCAAACGAUUAUUGAAAACGUAUCGGGGUGGGAAGGAAAGGUUGAUGUUCACAUCAUCAGUGAGCCUACUGCGGCCAUUAAUGGCCGGUUGAAGUCAUUGCUUGUGGAGCAAAGAAGAGGACUCGGGGUGUAUCUCGAAGACGCCGAGCAUGGUGGUAUGUUAGAUAUUGGAGAUGCAACCGGAAAUAUCACCAUAAUCUACUGGGAAAGGUACCAAGCUGCGGCCAGCGCUACGAAAUUGGUAGGAUUUGGCAAUCUUAACAAGAUUGUAAAUGACAUCCUGCGUACCUCAGAGUGGCUAAAAACUACUUUCGGCGACCAGUCUACAACAACCUUAGAAAUUUGGAUGCAAACGACUUUCCUUACAAAGUACAAGCUAAUACUUGGCUCAGGCCAGCAAAAUAAGCUUGAGAUCAACAACUACGUGUUGCCAUCCAAUUUGGCAGACGACAUCGAAGAGAAAGGUGGUCCGCCAUUUCGACAGAGUGAUCGAAUGGAGCGUCGCCUGUGGAUUGCUACGUCUGGCGGAGGAGCGUCAUCCGUGCCGUUUCAAAGAAGAUUUAACGGUAAGGCAGGACCGUAUUCGGUAUUCCAUAAUUCGAAAAAUUCAUGUGGUGAGGACGUGGUGGAUGGCCUCAAGCAACAGCCACAUAUACACAGCACUAUCCAAGAUUUUCAAUUCAAUUACGGCUUGCCUCAGGACCCACCUGACGUUGGUGUGGGCGAGACAGACAAACCUCAACGCGUGCUGGUCAUUGGGGAAAAGGGCACACAGGUCCCGGACAUCAUAUCGUCUAUACCGUAUUACAUUCCUCAGCCACCUGACGGAAAAUGGGAAAUGGACCUCACAAUUCUGAAGUCAGACAAGGAUCUUUCUGGCGUAGAGCCUACAAAGGGGCUCAAUCACAAAGAAGUCACUGCUGACGGGUGGACUGAACUUUCGACUCACAGAAUUCCUCUUCCAUUUGACAAAUCACUUGAAAACUUUGGAGUUUCGAGCGUGGAUGUUGAUAACAAGCCAAUUAUCAACGGCUGCGUCUACAUUCUCAUCGAAUUGCGAGGGAUCCAGUUCGUCAUUCAUGCUAUUGGUCGUUCGAAUGGCAAAGAGGAUGUUGGCUUGCGCAACUCACGCACCACCAAGCGUCUUGGGUACGGAGUCGACGAGUCCGGAGAUACCUCAAAGUAUUUUCACGUCAUGGCAUCUACCCCAAUCAGAAUUCUUCAAGGAACUGAAGUGGAACCGAUCGAAAUCGACUCAGAGAGUGAUGAGGAUGAGAUGGAAGGCGAUAAUUAA